AUGAAUCCCGGCUUUGAGAAACCCUCACAUGGUGUGGACACCCAGGCCACCGAAGUGUUGAUGCCCGGGGAUCUUCGUUUCCAGCAGUCGCCAAAUGCCAUGGGCAAUGCACACAUUUCCCCGGCUCCCAUGCAACAGCCGACCCACGAGUACCCCGAGAAGGCGUACGGCCAACCUCAGAUGCCCCUUCCACAGCAGCGGUCCGUGUCCGGCCAGUUCCGCCAGGCCGUGGCCAUCCCCAAUCUCGGCAUGUCAGCUGCGCCCGUGGAUUGUCCGGCAUGCGGCCAGCGCGCGAUGACCAACGUCAGUUACCACACCGGGAACACCACGCAUGUCUGGGCCGGAGUCGCCUGCUGCCUGACCGGCCUCCUCUGCUUCGUCCCGUACCUCAUGAACUCGUUGAAGGACGUGCAGCACCGCUGUGGCAACUGCGGCGUGUUGCUGGCGACCUGGCACAAGAGCGGCGUGGUCGAGGUCCACAUGCACGGUUGAAAGUCAUGUUCACCGACAGUUGGAGAUUGAAAACAUGCGAUAACUCGUGGGGCGGGCUGGGAGUGAAUUACUCACGGAUGGACACACGGACUUUGUAACUAGUAUAUCUUCCUACCUGUUUUUGAGACUCGACGAUCGACAAAAGAAAUGGGCGUUAGGCCAGGCGAGGCCAGGCGAUUGUCAUAUCCAGCCCGAACUUCCUGGACCAUUUCCGAGCGCUGGAUGGCCGGGGGCAGAGGGCCAUGUCGAUGAUAAUGAUGGGGUUGUUUGGGAAAUGGGCUGCAGCUUAGUGGCAGACAGACACACGGAUCAAGAUCCUCAUGAGAUCAAUAAAG